GGGCGGUGACUUCACUUCUGUCAAUCUUGGGCAUUGAUAUCUCUGGUCUGUUUCUUCUUGGACUAUUUUCUCUAUUCUUGAAUACCAUAUUCUGGACUUAUCUGCUGUCGCAUCUCAGCGCGACUCCCUCCGACCAUGCCUCCAAGACCGGGAGCGAUUGGCGACCUCAGCAACGACGACUACGUCGCGCAGGUCCUCGCAAACGAAGCACGGGAUAAUUCCAAGAAAUACGCUUUGGAGGGAUUAGGGGCAUACAUGCCUAAGAAACCGUCAGGCGCAGCCCCGAAACCAAAUACGCGAUUCCUGCGACAUAUCAUCCGAGAAACGGAUAACCAUAAUACGGCACUGAAGCGAAAGGAGGAGAGGGAGGCUAGGGAGCGAAUGCGCCAGUUACGGGAGCAGCAGGCUGCUUCUUCGUCGGCAUCGCACGAUACGAGAAGACACCGUGGGGACCGGGAGCGUGAAUCCGGCGUUCGGGACGGAGAACGAGAGAGAAGGGAUGGCCGGGAAAGAGAACAUCGUCGGAGGAGACAUAGAAGUCGUUCUAUGUCAGAAGAUAGAGAUAGAGAUCGCGCGCGAAGACACAGGCGGGGGCAUGAGUCGGAGUAUGAGCGGUCCAAGUAUCGACGGAGAGACCAUGGCGACGAUGAGCGCGAUUACUCGAGACGGCAUCGGUCGUAUUCUCGCUCGAGAAGCCGGUCUCCUCGAAUUGAACGAGAUCGUGAUUCCCGGGGUGGUAGACGGCGUCAUGGACGAUCGUCGUAUCAUUCUAGGUCUCCCGAGCGCUCUCGUUCUCGAUCUCCUGAGCGCUCUAAGAGGAAAUACAAAGAGGACGGUGAUAGACGCGAUGAGCAUCGCAGCUCCCGAGAACACCGGUCCACUCACAGGUCCAGCCAACAUACGAGGAGACUAUCCCCGCCGACAACAGACCAGAACCAAGCAUCAGAUCACGACUCAGAUCCAUUGGAGGACCUGGUAGGACCGCUACCACAAAGAGACGGUAUUGAGGCACCCAUGCGCUCUCGCGGACGAGGCGCCUACAAGCCCAGUCAUAGUAACAUCGACGCCCAUUUCGCGAAGGACUACGACCCAACGCUCGACGUCCAUCUGGACGACGAUGACCCAUCCUCCGGAAACAGAUCUACACGCCGUCGAGUACCAGGACUCAUGACCGAAGACGAUGACUGGGAACUCGCCCUCGAGGCCCUGCGGGACCGGACUCGCUGGAAACAAAAGGGAGAGGAGAGACUACGGCAGGCUGGGUUCAGCGAGUCUACGGUGGACCGGUGGAAGAACAACGCUGCUUUUACGGGAGGGAAUACAGAGGGCAGUAUCGAGGACGUGAAAUGGUCGAAGAAGGGCGAGGGACGUGAAUGGGAUCGAGGAAAGGUCUUUGAUGAGGAUGGACAUGUUGAUGUUAGGGCGCCUUGGUAGGCUUUUUGUUGACGAUUAUGGCGUUCAGUCGUUGGCACCUUGCAUAGAUUGAGCACUUAUAUACCAACUUUAUCAUCCCAAUCCUUCAG